AUGAAAUUAUAUUUCAAAAGUUUAGGUACAAGGCUAAACUUUUCUUGUGAUUAUAAAAGACGUGGAUAUUUCUUGAAUUUAGGAUGUAAUAAAAAAUGGACUACUUUAGAAGAUAACAUACUUUUAAGGCGUGCCAUUAUGUGUGGUUUUAAACAUUGGGGAGUAAUUGCUCGUGGUUUAUACAAAAGAAAUUCAUUAGAAUGUUUUUAUCGUUGGAGAAAACUCAAAGUUUUAAUAGAUUGGUCUUAUACAAAAAAUUUUUUCUUUACUCCUAACGAAUUAAAAACUUUUUGGAAAUUAGUAUCUAAAUAUGGGACUGCUUGGAAAAAAAUUUCAGAAAAUUUUCAAAAUAAAUCAAUAACGCAAUGUAAAGAACUUUAUCAUGAUAUGCAAAGAUUUUCGGUUAUAAACAAACAAUUUACACCUGUAAGUUACAAAAAAAUUUCAGAUAUAGUACAAAGAGUUGAACAAAAAGAAGAUAAUUUAAAAGAUAAUAAGAAUAAUAAAAAAAAGAAGAUAAUUUGGUUGUCUGAUGAAGUUAAAAAGCUUAAGAGUAUUGUGAGAGAACAAUCAUUUAAUGAUGUUAACUGGCGUAAAAUAGCAAUCGAAUUUCCAGGCAAGAGUCUAGAUCAAUGUAGAGAUAAAUGGAAGGGAACGUGGGAUGAAAUAGAAGAUCAAGUCCUUAAGGAUAUAGUGACAAAAUACGGAAAUGAUUGGGAAACAGUAGCUGAACACAUUGAGGGACGAACACCAAACAU